AUGCUGAGGCAAAUAGAUGAAGAAUUUUAUGAUGCAUGCGAAAAUAUCAAUGAGAUGUCGAAUUUAUAUAUGACAAUGCCUGUAAUUAUUCGUGAAAACACUAAUGAAUCGCCUAUCGCUACAACUCAGACUUCAAGAUGUGAGUCGCCUCCUUCUAGAAAUAGCAGCCAUAUGAACCAUGUCGAAAUUAUAUCAGCAGGUCUAAAAAUCAUAAAUAGAAGCAAAACAAUCUCAAAUAAGCCAAAAGAGCUAUACUAUUAUAGCUUGAGUAAAAAUGCUUUUCUUAGCAGAAAUUCACAGUUUUCCUAUUUAAAAGGCGUUUUUAUUCAAGCUAUAACUGUAUAUACCAAUUUAAUAAUAUUCAAUUAAUCCAAGAAAUUGAUCUUGUUGAUAAGCGUGAAAGUGGCACAUGAGUUAUCAAAUUUUCUCCAGACCAAAAAUCAUUGGUGAUUGGCGGACAAAUAGGAGUGGUUUGCUUAUAUGAUAUAAUGAAUACCCAGCAAAAGCUCAUCGAAGAAGCUCCUUCACGAAUUUUUGCAGAGCAUGAAGGGAUGAUCACAGAUAUUGAUUUUAAUGCUGAAGGAAAUAUUCUGACCUCCUCAUUAGAUGGCUCUGUUAAGUAUAAAAUUUUAUUUUAAAUAAAUUUUUUUUAAAAAAUAAAUUUGGAAAUUAAAUAUCUAUUAUAAUUAAGAAUAUGAUGAAAAUGCCAGGAAAACUCGAUUUAUACGUUCAAGCAUGCAACAGCGGUUAAUGCUGUAUGCUCUCAUCCUUUAUGUCGAAAUGUGUUUGCUACUGCAUCAAAAGACUCAAUGAUAAGGCAGUUUAGACUGCCUGAAAAGUAUGCAGAAAGCUUAUAUAAAACUCCAAGAGAGGUGACUGCGCUGGCUUAUUCUCCUGAUGGGGAAUAUUUAGCUGCUGGACUUAAAAAAGGAGAGGUCAUCAUAUAUCAGUCAUUGCCUGAGACAUAUAAGUUGAGGCUUAAAUAUACUUUAAAAUGCAGGAAUCGUUUUGGACUGAAGAGAGGAGGGAGAAGAGUCACUAAUUUAGAGUUCAUGAACCAUGAUUAUUUGCUUGUCACCACAAAUGAUUCAAGGAUUCGAUUAAUUUGUAGUAAAAUAAUUUUUAUAAUAAAACUCAUAAAAUUAACGGGAAAAAAAAUAAAUAUUUAUGGAGAAAAUUAAUAAAAUGCAGAAUAUAUAAAUUUAAAGAAAAUUUGCUUGUGCAAAAAUACAAAGGAAACAUUAAUAGCAAAUUUCCUAUAAGAGCUAGUUUUUCUCCUCAUAAAGCACAUAUUAUAUGUGGAUCAGAAAAGGGAAGGUUUUUUAUAUGAAAUACAUUUAAGCAGACAGAAGGAGAAAAAAUUGAGAAAAAUACAGAAUUUGAAAGCUUUGAUGCAAGAGUCAAUAAAGGUGGAGAGUUUUCUAUUUUUGCUCCAGAAGGAGUAGUAGAGGCUGCUAAAGAAUGAUAUAGAGAAGGAGAAGUGACUCAUAUGAUUUUAUCAGCAGGGUCAAACGAUACAUUACGAAUAUUUUUAAAUGUUGCUUAA